CAUCGAUCAAAAACCCCACUGCAAAAACCCUAAUCCCCAAUUCUCCACAACCCUCAUACCAACAAACAACAAUGGCCCCUCCAAGUCUUCUUCUUGGUCCCCCAGAGUUCAAAAAGCCAAAGCCAAAGCCAAUCGCAGCAGCAACCCAAACCCAAACUCAAUCGACUGACCCCUUCGUUGACCUCAUGGUUGCCAAUUACAACGACUCAGCCAAGGCUCCAAUUAUCGCACCUCCGAUGGGCUUCACUGAGAACCGUUCUGCCACGUUUCUCGCCUCCGGCAACCCCUGCGUCGAUUUCUUCUUCCAUGUUGUGCCAUCCACGCCGGCCUCCUAUUUCAACCAACAGCUCCCGCUCGCCUGGGCCCACGACGACCUAACCACCCUCAAGCUCAUCUGCAACCUCAGAGGCGUGCGCGGCACUGGAAAGUCCGACAAGGAAGGCUUCUACACGGCGGCGUUUUGGCUCCACAAGCACCAUCCCAAAACCCUCGCCUGCAACGUUGCGUCUCUAGCCGAGUUUGGGUAUUUCAAAGAUCUGCCUGAGAUCCUGUACCGCCUUCUACAAGGCGAAGACGUGAGGAAGACCCAAAAGGCCGAGUGGUCGAUGAGAAAAGGCGGGGCGUGUAGGAUUGGUAGGCGUGGUAGGGGGGGGCUAAAUCAUCUGAGACCACCCUACAGAGGUGGCGUUUCACCAUCACCACCCUACUACGGAGGUGGCUUUGCACCACCAGCACCCUACGGAGGUGGCCCCUAUGGGCUGAGACCACCCUUCGGGGGGGGGCAAAGGUCAAGUAGCAGUGCGGUGAAGGGACGCCGGUCAAGUAAUCGGAAAGGGGAUGUGCACUCUAGAGAGGCCCGGAUAAAAAGGGCAAUGGAAAGGGCACAAUUGGAGAAGGAAAAGGCGAGCUCUUUGAGAAGAGAGAAGAAGAUCAGUAUGGCCCAGAAAGCCCUUGGGAGGUACCAACGUGACCCCGAUUUCCGGUUUCUGUACGAGCGUGUUUCAGAUCUUUUCGCCGAGUGUUUGAAGUCUGAUAUUGAAAACUUCAACUCCAAUCAGUACAAAAAGAUAACCCUGGCAGCCAAGUGGUGUCCUUCUAUCGAUUCAUCCUUCGACCGAGCCACUUUGCUAUGUGAAAGCAUCGCCAGGAAGGUCUUCCCGCGAGAAUCAUACCCAGAAUAUGAAGGUGUUGAGGACGCCCAUUACGCCUACAGAGUCCGAGACCGGCUGAGGAAGGAUGUGUUGGUGCCGUUGAGGAAGGUGUUGGAGUUGCCAGAGGUUUAUAUAGGUGCCAACCAGUGGGGUUCCAUUCCUUACAACCGAGUGGCCUCUGUGGCCAUGAAGUUUUACAAGGAGAAGUUCCUUAAGCAUGAUGAAGAGAGGUUUAAGAAGUAUUUGGAGGACGUCAAAGCUGGCAAGUCCACGAUUGCAGCAGGUGCUUUGCUUCCACAUGAGAUCAUAGAGUCUCUGAAUCAUGGAGAUGGCGGGCAAGUGGCUGAGCUUCAGUGGAAGAGAAUGGUGGAUGACAUGCUGAAGCAAGGCAAGAUGAACAACUGCUUGGCUGUAUGUGACGUCUCUGGAAGCAUGAAUGGGACACCCAUGGAGGUGUCGGUGGCUUUGGGACUGUUGGUGUCUGAACUGAGUGAAGAGCCAUGGAAGGGAAAGGUCAUCACUUUCAGUGCAAGACCUGAGCUUCAUUUGAUACAAGGCAAUGAUCUUAUGUCCAAGUGCGAGUUUGUGAGGACGAUGGAAUGGGGCGGGAACACUAAUUUUCAAAAGGUGUUUGAUUUGCUUCUGCAAGUGGCAGUGAAGGGGAGACUGAAGCCAGAGCAUAUGAUAAAGAGGAUCUUUGUGUUCAGCGACAUGGAGUUUGAUCAGGCUUCAACCAAUAGGUGGGAGACUGAUUAUCAGACAAUUCAGAGGAAGUAUAAUGAGAAAGGAUAUGGGAAUGCCAUACCGCAGAUUGUGUUUUGGAAUCUAAGGCACUCUUUGUCUACGCCAGUGCCUAGCACACAACCAGGGGUGGCGCUGUUGAGUGGCUAUUCGAAGAAUUUGAUGAAGUUGUUCUUGGAUAAUGAUGGAGAAGUUCGCCCAGACAGUGUCAUGGAACAAGCCCUCUCCGGCGAAGAAUAUCAGAAGUUGCUUGUGCUGGAUUGA